AAACUGCAUGAUGACAUUUGCAUGAAAUUACAACGUGCUGCCUUUAUCAACAAUUGGCUAGAGACCGAAUUUUCCCACAAGAGAGUGGAAGAAAUUUGUAAUAGAGUAUACACGGGAAGGUGCUCCAGAGCUCAGCUGUUGUGUUCCUCAUUUAACCUCUUUGGGCAAGAAGUAAGCUGCAGGCUUCACAAUGGGCUCCAUUUCUAGAAUGAUUACUGAGUUUUGCCUUGAUCUCUACAAUAAAGUCAACAGAACCACAGAAUGCCAAAACAUUGUCUUCUCUCCAAUGAGCAUCUCUACCUCUCUGGGCCUAAUCCUUUUAGGGGCACGAAACAACACAGCCACUCAGAUAGAAAAUGUUCUCCACGUCAGCAAUGCUACAGGAACUACAAGCCUUGAAUCUGAACUUGAAGGUGCAGUCCCAGAAAACAAGUCUGACCUAAGCCAGGAAAGAGAAUCUUCCUCCUCUCUGUGUAACACAGAUGGGAAUCUUAACCACGAAGCAUUCCAUGCACUGCUUUUACAACUACAAAACCUUGGUAAAGACUACGUUUUAAGCCUGGCUAACAACCUCUUUAUCCAACAAGGAUUUGAACCAAAUCAGAAGUAUCUAACGUGCAGUAAGGAACUAUACAGAGCAGCCCUUGAAACACUGGACUUUCAAAGGGCUCUUGAAGCAAGCAGGCUAAAAAUUAAUGAUUGGGUUGAAAGCGAGACACAAGGUAAAAUCAAGGAACUUUUUGCUCCAGGAGUGAUUGACUCACACGCCAUUCUGGUGCUGGUGAAUGUGAUCUACUUCAAAGCAUCCUGGGAACACAAGUUUGAGGAGAAAAAUACAGUACAGAGAGAUUUUAAAUUGAAUCAGAAUGCGAGAAAGCCAGUGCAGAUGAUGUAUCAGAAAGGCAUGUUUAAAUUAGGCUAUAUCGAGGAGCUGGGAACUCAGGUGCUUGAACUCCCUUAUGCUCAGAAGUCGCUGAGCAUGAUCAUCCUGCUGCCAGGAGACACGGCAGAUGGAUCUACCAGUGGGCUGGAACAGACUGAAAGCACAAUGACCUAUGAGAAUUUAAUGCUGUGGUUCUCUUCUGAACACAUGUUUGAGACAACGGUAGAGGUGUACCUGCCCCGAUUCAAGCUUGAAGACACCUUUAACCUCAAUGAGGUACUAAAAGCAAUGGGAAUGACCGACAUCUUCACUGAAUCCAAAGCUGAUCUUUCUGCACUGUCAUCUGGGGAAUCCCUGGUGUUGUCAAACAUUGUCCAUAAGGCUUAUGUGGAAGUCAAUGAGGAGGGCACUACAGCAGCAGCUGCUACAGGAGCUACCAUUGUGAGGAGAUCCCUCCCCCUCAUAGAGGUGUUUAUGGCUGACCAUCCUUUCUUAUUCUUUAUUAGGCACAACCCCACUAAUGCCAUUCUUUUCUUUGGUAAAUUCUGCUCACCUUAAAAAUCAGGGCCAUCUUCUAGCAUUGAGAUAAAAACCUGGAUGAGAAGCAGAAAUACUAUUUUUCCCCCUACACCUUCUUAAUCCUAUGAAUGAUUGUAGACCAAAGUAAUCAUUGCAACCAAUUUAGCUUAGAACCAUCAAUUGAACACGCUCCUGUUAUGAGGCCUCCUUGAAAGGCAAAUAUUGAUCUGAAUCCAAAACAGGAGUAUGUUUUCCUUUAACCUGACUGGAUAUCAAGAACAUUUUGUUUCCUCAAGGCGUACAUACACUCCUGUAUAGCCUACAGUUCUCUAGCACAGCCAUGUAAUGUAGUACACUAUUUGCCUGGCAAAGAUGGAAUUUGUGUGCUGCUACUUGAGGAGAACCGUUUGUAACAAUUUUCAGUAAGUGUCAGUAAAACUGGAGUAUUUUUA